AUGGAACAAAUGAGAGAAACGUUUAUUACACUGGACAAGGACAACUCCGGUGGGCUCAGUCCCCAGGAGAUCGUGUCUGGUUUGCGGCGUCUUGACAUUGAGAUUCCUGAUGAUAUCUAUCAAAUCCUCGAGUCCGUCGAUGCUGAUCAAUCAGGGGAAGUUGACUACACUGAGUUUGUUGCUGCCGUUAUGGAUCGGAACAAUGUUAUGCAAAAAGAAGCGGUAGAUGCUGCAUUCAAUUGGUUCGAUCAAGACAGCAACGGUAAGAUAUCUCGAGCUGAGCUGGAGGAAGUAGUGGGAGAUGAGGAGGCUAAUUGGGCUAUUGAAAGGUUUGCCAAACUGCCACUCUCGAGACCGUGGUUGGAUAAGGACGACUUUAUUAGAGUUGUACAAGCUAUCGCUAUGAUAAAGGACGAGUCAUCCUCGAGCGAGUCGGAAGUUUCUGAUGGCGAAAUCAGCAGCGCGUAG